AAAGUUUUGAUAUAAAUAUAAAAGGUUCUUUAAAUAAGUAGUUAGUUCGAAACAUACGUUGAUAAACACAUACAGUACAAUCUUUAAAAUGAUUGUGUUAACAAUAAUGUUAAUUUCAUGUACAUCAUUAUUAAUUAUAUGGUAUCAAAACAAAAUAUCAAAAUUUAAACAUUUAGACAAGCUUCCUGGUCCACCAGCAAAUUGGAUUUUAGGAAACGUUCACGAAUUUGGAUCAAAUCCUUAUAAUUUAUUUCAAACUUGUCAACGAGUUAUUAAAACAUAUGGAAAAGUUGUAAGAAUCUGGCAAGGUCCAUUUAGAAUUAAUCUUUUCAUCACCGACAUAGAUUUAGUGGAAUAUUUUUUAUCGUCAAAUGUUCAUACACAUAAAUCAUCCUCUUACAACGUCUUUAAAGCCUGGUUAGGUCAUGGUUUAAUAACAGCGGCAGGAAAUGUAUGGAAGAAACAUCGAAAAAUUUUAACACCCGCUUUUCAUUUUAAUAUAUUAGAACAAUUUCCUCAAAGUUUCCAUAGAAACGCGAAAACGUUGAUUGAUAUCUUAAAAGAAAAUUCUGGUAAAACUAUAGAUACUCAUCAUCUUAUGAAAAAUUACGCUUUGGAUUCUCUAUGUGAAGCAACAAUGGGUGUUAAUUUUAAAUCCCAAACGAAUGAAAAUAGCCGUUAUUCGAUGUUAAUAGAUGAAAUUUUGGACAUAUCUAUUUGUAGAUUCUUUUCGGUUCUUAAUCGAUUUGACUUUUUUUUCUCAUUAACUUCUAAAUCAAAGACUUUUAAAAAACUGUCAAAGGAAAUUCAAGAUAUUACAAUCGAUGUGAUUAAUAUGCGAAGAAAAGAUAAAAAAGGAGGAAAUGUUGAUUUGGAGCUUUCCGAUGAAUUUGGUAUAAAAAAACGAAAAGUAUUUAUGGAUAUACUUUUAGAAUACCCCGGAUUAAGUGAUGAAGAAAUCGAGUGGCAAGCAAAUACAUUCUUAUUUGCAGGACAUGAUACUGUAGGGGCAUGUAUUGCUUUUUCAUUAUAUCUGCUAGCAAAAAAUCCUAAAGUUCAAGAAAGAUUACUAUCUGAAAUUAAAGAAGUUAUUGGAGAAUGUAACGAUGUAAUUUCAUUACCGUUACUAAAGGAAUUAAAUUACCUUGACAGGGUCUUAAAAGAAUGCAUGAGAUUUUAUCCCCCGGUUGGUUUAUUUGAACGUGAAGUAAUGGAAGAUGUUGAAAUUAAAGGUUUAAUAAUUCCGAAAGGAACAACAGUUUCGUUUCACCCCUACUCGCAACAUCGAGAUCCAACAUAUUUCCCCAAUCCAGAAGUUUUUGAUCCAGAUCGAUUUUUACCAGAAAAUUUAACGAAAGUUCACCCGUUUGCAUAUAUUCCUUUCAGCGCAGGACCAAGAAAUUGCAUUGGACAAAAAUAUGCCUUGAUGAAUAUAAAAUCCGUUUUAGUUAACAUCUUAAGAAAUUUUGAAUUACAUCCGGCUGAUUUCGAGCAUAGUCCUAUACUUGGAAAUGAUGCUGUUUUAAAAUCAAAAAAUGGAUUACCUAUUAAAUUGAUUUAUCGCUUUCAAAAUUAA